AUGUCUUUUAGUAAAUCCAAAGGGCCAAACAAAGGCGGAGCGAGACGACACGAAAACGACCGAAUCUACGCUCAUCCUCUUCCCCUCAUUUUCUCUGAUCCCUCUUCCAGUAGAACCCGAUCCAUUCUCGGUCUUCUAGGUUUAUCUCGAAGUCAAGUUAUAAAUCCGCACUGUGAAGGCUACUACGACCCAUCGACACGCUCCGUUUGGGUCGUCAAUCAACGUGAUUCAGAGACAUUAUGGAGAAGAGGCUUUUUUGGGAAAGGGAAUCUGUCCAGAAGUGAGCCCAGUUGGUUUGUGCGCCAGGUUAAGGAUAGAAAAAAAAUGACAUCGGAAGAAAUUCGAGAAAAACGGCGUGCAGACCGCAAACAGUUCAAGUUGGAUCGUGCGGCAGCCAUAGCCAAAGUCGCUGCGGAAGCUGAAACUAUAUUCGAGACUGAGGGUCGCGUUGUUGUUCCGGCAUUGUUUGGUCCUGAAAUUCCUUCCGGUGCUACAUGGAAACCCAAAACCGCUGAAUCCGAACUCGCAUUGGAGCAAGAAUCAGGUAGUCCAGAGAACGCCAAAAGUAAGGGAGAGGACGAGGGGGAGGGGGAGGAAGAGGAAGAGCCCUUGGAGGAUAUGGAACACUUGCAACUCACGCUUCCAGAAGCCUUCUUCCUUGCUUGGAAUUUUGAUUGUCUAACCAUACUGGAUCCAGAAACGGCAUGUUAUGACGAACCUUUAUCGUUACCAGAAAUAUGGAUUACUUUCCAACAAAUUUACCUCGCACCCCCGAUACCAACCCUUCCUACACCCGAGCUUCAACUCGACAACCCUUUCCUUAUCCAUUAUGCUGUGUACCACCACUAUCGAUCUCUUGGCUGGGUGGUGAAGAAUGGACUCAAAUUUUGUGUUGACUAUCUCCUCUACAAACGGGGUCCGGUCUUCACACAUGCGGAAUUCGCGAUCGUCGUAUGUCCCGUAUACGAAGACCCACAGGACCAAGAAGUUUCAAUUACCAAUUUACAAAACGCGUCUCCGUUCACUUGGUCAUGGUUAAGCACAAUCAACCGGGCCAACUCGCAAGUGAUGAAAACUCUAAUUCUCACGUACGUGACUAUUCCCGCCCGAAGCCGUCUAUCGAGGGAGAUGUUGAACACUCCUGCGUGUUUCGCGCAUUACUCUGUCAGGGAAGUCAUCGUGAGGCGGUUUAUUCCCGCCCGGAUGAGGGACUAG